AGGGAAAAAAACCCCAAGAAAUGUCACGUUCUCUCCUUGAAUACAUUAUUUUGCUUGUAAGAGGAAGGUGGUUUCUUUGUUCGGUUUUGUUUUCUCUGCUUCUUCCCUCAGUUCUUGUUGUCUAUAGGUUAGUUGACAUCUGCAAAAGACUCAUGCAAAAGGAAAGAACAGAGAAGAAAUAGAGAGACAGAGCAAGGAAUUCAUCACAGCUGUCAGUUGUCCAAGUGAAACGGUGCAUUGGUGAAUAUGGUUUUAAACAGCAUCCAUGUUGCUUUUGUUCUUUACCUGGCUCUUCUAGGGGCAAUGUUUUCCGUGAGGGCUGAAAAGCUAAAUGUCAUUGCUGGCCAGUCUGUCUUCCUUCGCUGUCUAAAUAACACAUCUGCACACAAAGUGACCUGGAAAUAUAAUGGAAAACUUCUGCUACAGAAAAUUAAAGAGCGAGUAUAUAGAGGUGAAAAGUCUGUAACAUACAAAUUGACAGAUGAGGAGACUUUUUCUCUAGAACUGCGAAAAGCAGAACCAGGAAAAUAUGUCUGUGAUGUAAAUGGAAAGCAGGUGGCCACUUAUGAUAUUGAAGUGUGGAAAGUUACUGGAUCUAAAAGUGGAUACCUCCUGCAAGGCGACACUUUAAAGCUGCAUCUGUCUCCUUUCAAAGAUACCAGGAUUGAAUGGUUUGAACCCCACAAGACCAAAGUAACAGACAAAGAGCCACGAUGGAAACUGCAAAAGGAUGGCUUACAGAUAUCAAACCUUACAGUUCAGGAGGACCAUGGGAGGUGGGAAUGUCACAUCCCUCAUUAUGAGCUUAAGCUCUCCUACAAUGUCAAGGUAUUCGGUUUUUCCAAUCGAUUGGAUGAAUUCAGGUUUGCCUCUAUCAACAGCAACAUCCUCCUUUCCUGUCCUUUGAACAUUGACCUGCAGGAAAAAACAGACUGGGAAAUUCCAAAAGUCCAGUCUUGGAAAUGGCUUAAGAAUAAUGUUCUCGUGAAGGACCAUAACAUAAGCAACAUCAAUAGCUCUUUCUCCAUCCAUCAAAUAUCCAAUGUCCAAUCUGAAGAUGCUGGAAAGUACCAAUGCCGUCUUGGAUUUAAAGAUAGAAAUUUGAGCAAAACCAUCAACCUGAUAGUUAUGAAAGUCUCUGCUGUCCCUCCCGCGCUCAGAUUCAAAGAAGACAAUGUGACCCUGUGUGGUCAUAUUAGUCCUUCUGCUCCUCCACUGACUGAAUUGUGCUGGGUUUAUGUAAAUGAGUCUUCAAAUGAAACCAAAUGUGGCUCUCCCAUUUCACAUAAUAAAUUCUGUCACGUAGCUACAACUGAAGGGCUCUGGAGGUGUGAUCUCAAAGUGAACAACAAUGUGAAAAUCAGUAUUGACUAUAUUCUGGGUAAGUUCCAAGGAAAGACCCCAAAUGAGACUACUUUAGAGAAUAGAUUCUCACUGAUCAAAAUAGGCUCAGGGAUUGGCACAAUGCUCCUGCUGUUAAUUCUUGUUGGUGUCUGUGUACCUACUUGUAAACGUAUUAAGCAGAAACAGGUGAGUUUCUACCUGUCCAUAAACCAAAAGGGAGGUUGCAUUCUACAACGAAAAAAUACAAAACAAAACAAAAACCAUGGAAGCAGAUCUGAAAGAACAUGAAAAAAGGAUAAUCUUUCCUUUGUCUUUUGGCAGCAACGAGCCAAGAGGAUGGCACAAAUCAAGCAACAUUUGCUUGCCAAGAGGACAUGCCAGUGUCAGAGGUAAGGAUCCAGUUGCCCAGCCAAGAGGAAGACAUUGCAGAUAUUGUUUUGAAAGACCUUUGGUUAAGCUGUCCUGGGAUGAAUCAGUCCAUCUGGACCUGCAAUCCAGCAGAUUCAAGACACCACAGUUAUUAUUCUUUACUAGAAAGACAUAUUGCAUCUAACAGAUUCCUUUUCUCUUGCAGUAACAAACCAGAAUCAAAAGGCCUCAAAAUAAUAACCCUAUUGUGCCUUUAGCUUUCAGCUCUGCCAAUUAAAAUUUGUCAUCUGCUUAUUAUUCAACUAAAAUUGCACUUGAAUUGGCUACCAGUUAAAUCAAAUAAAGCUUGCAGACCCACAGAAAUUCAGAAAUAAAUCAUGACUAAAUUAGACAGCCAUGCAAUUUCAUCAAAGGUCUCAUGAGCAAUCAUUCUUCAACAAUUCACUUUUAUGCUUUUUUAAAACAGCAAGUAUCCCACUGUGCAGUUUAUAUCGCAAAACCAAGUAUAUUUAUCUACAGGAAAUCUUAAACAUUCCCAUGUUUUCCACUGAGCCUAAAUUUUGGAUAACUCUUUUUCAACCCUACAGGGAACUACCUAAUGAUUACUACCACGCCUAAAGGAGAAAAUGCGUGUGUCUUUAAAAAUCACUGGCCUGACCAUUUGCCAGUCAUUUACAAUGCACAGUUACAUGAAUUCAAAUAUUGCUGGGUUGCCUUAACUUUCUAUCUGAUAUUCAUAGUUCUGUAAUCAUUUAGGCAAGUCUGUAUUUUGAAAGUGUGGAGCUUGCAGAAAAUAUUGACCAAAAAGGGUUCAUCCUAAUUGUUUCUAAGUUGUCUAAUAGCCGACUGCUGUUUGAACUGAUCUGCAGUUCUGCUGUCUACUGCAGCUGUAAAUGAACAAAGAUGUGUUGUUUGUUUUUAAAAUUCCACAAAAUAAAAUACUUAUAUCUUUCCCCCCAACUCCACUGGUUAAUUCAUGUAUAUAUCUACAGAUAUUUGCUUGCACUUAUUGUGUAGUCUGCAAUGUUUUCUGAGAGAAUAUUCUGUCAAGAAUGGUGAUCAGAGAAAAGCAAUGUUUUUUUAAAUGAUAUAAUUAUAAUGCUAAUAAAUUAACGCAUUUCAAAGGACAAAUUCCUUUUUACUGUUUGGAAAAUGCUGGCGGUGGGUGGAGAGGAAGAGGCUUCUGCAGUCUGAAAGGUGCUAUUAUGUAGAGAAUUCCACUGAUGAGUUACAAAAACAACUGGAAAACUAUCUCCAAUCUACCUUGGCUGUUUCCAUUGCUUUGUUUUAUUCCUUAAAGCAUGGAUCUCCAAACUUGACAACUUUAAGACUUAUGGACUUCAAUUCCCAGAAUUCCCCAGUCAGCAUGGCUAGCUAAGGAAUUCUGGGAGCUGAAGUCCACAAGUCUUAAAGUUGCCAAGUUUGGAGACCCCUGCCUUAAAGGAAAAAAAAACCUUAGUUCUAUCUCUUGAUAUGCAUCACCACCACAGCUCUAAGAUGUAAGUACUGAAUGUAAACAUAGGGAAAAAUUACUGUUGCUUGAUUGUUUAUUUUCAUGAUCUCCUAUGCUUAUGAUUAUGCACAAAAACAAGAAGUAAAAGCGCCUGUAUUCAUUCCACUGAUACUUGUGAAUUACAUUUGAAAUCUCAAGGUCUGAAGAGAGCCAUGUAUAUAUUUUAAUGUUAAUAAAUAUUCCUCAAAAACCUUAGUGUUCCCAUUUUUCUUUAGCAUUUGGCUGCACAAGAUGCCAUUUCUGAGGUCCUCUGUGAUUUCAGAGCAGCUAAAUCAGGUAGCUGGACUAUGAUUGCAGUGCUUUAGCUGAGAUCAGAUGAGCCCCAGGAAAAUUGCCAGUCAUAUAUAAUUAUAAUUCAAAUGCUGUCCCAUUGAGACAAGGAUUCAAAUAUACCAAUUAAACACUUCAGAAACAACUUUCAGUUUUAAUACAAGCAUCCAUCUUACAGAAGCAGGAGAUGUUAGAAUUUUGGUGACUAAUAAAAAUUGUAGUUGAAAACUCCUAGAACUACUAUUAUGGCUUAAUUCAAUUAUUUCCAAUAAUACAUCAUCCUGCACUUCUGGGUCUUUUUUAAAUCCAUCGUUUCUUGUCCAUCAAGCCAUUGGGGACAGCAAAGAUCAAGAAGCACCUUUUUCCUCUCAAUACCCUUAGGUGUUCUGCCAUUCUCUUGUAGACAGUUCAAUUCCACAACUGAGUUUUACUCAACAAUCUAUUGAAGACAAGUUAACGAUGCUUUAGUGAGAUUCUUUCCAUCUACCACCCUUUUCUUGGAAAAUUCCUACUAUGCACCUAACACACUCCCA